AUCAUUACACUCUCUCUCUUCCCCCUCCAUUUAUCUUGAUGUUGUCCCAUCCUUUCAUUGUCUUGCAAAGGGGGCGUAGACACCACCAGUCCUGCCCCCGAGAGGGCCAAGACCCAAGAAAAAGAAGAGGUCGUAGCCAUUUUCAAAUCCUCUGUUCUUUGCCCCUUCUUCUUCCUGUUCUUGUUUUCUUCAGAACCUAAAGCACCCAGAAUCAAGAAACCCAGGAGCCGUUGCUGUAGGCAAAGGAAAAAUUAGCAGCCUUUUUUUUUUGGUCUCCUUUCGAGGGAGGAGGAGGUUUUGGUUUUGAGUUUGACCCCCCACUUCUUGGGGAAAAGUGGAAAUGGGUGAGCAAGAUGACGGGCUGGGGUUGAGUCUGAGCCUGGGAUGUGCGAAGAGUGCAUUGUCUUUGAACCUCAAUCUCGUAGAAGCUCCUACACAGUCCAGGCAGAGUCCUGGGCAGAAGAGUUCUUGGAAUGAGAUUUUCUACUCUCCUGUAACAAACUCCGAAACAAGGCCGUUCCUUGGUGGAGUUGGCGUCAACCGAGACAUAAUAGUGGUGGAAUUGGAUGAUGAUAAUCGGGUCUCAUCGCCUAACAGCACCGUGUCAAGCAUAAGUGGCAAGAGAAGUGAGAGAGACCCACAUGGAGACAAUGAAGUUGAGGCUGAGAGAACUUCGUGCUCUUAUGAGAGCAUCGAAGAAGAUGGCAGCGGAGGAGAUGCAGCGAGGAAGAAGCUCAGGCUGUCUAGAGAACAGUCAUUGGUGCUAGAGGAGACAUUCAAAGAGCAUAACACUCUUAACCCUAAGCAAAAGCUUGCCUUGGCCAAGCAGCUGAAUCUUAGUCCCAGACAGGUGGAGGUCUGGUUUCAGAACAGGCGUGCCAGGACUAAGACGAAGCAAACUGAGGUGGACUGUGAGUACCUUAAAAGGUGCUGCGACAAUCUUACCCAGGAGAACAAGAGGCUGCAGAAGGAAGUGCAGGAGCUCAGAGCACUGAAGCUGCUCUCCCCACAGCUCUACAUGCAUAUGAAGCCCCCCACCACGCUCACCAUGUGCCCUUCAUGUCAGCGAGUGUCUGUCCCUUCGUCGUCAUCGUCGUCUCCAUCUUCAUCUUCAGUCGCUGCCUCAAUGAUUAGCCCCACGGGGCCAGUCCAUAAUCCGUUUAGUCUGACUGGAGCAUCCAUCAGCCCUUGGGCAAGGCUACAGAUGCAACAAGGACUGAACAAUUUACACUCUUGAUGGCUUCUCCAGACAUUUGCACCGCAUGUGCCAAGGCGUAAAGCAAAGAGUGUCGGCUCAUCCUGACGAUACAUUAGAAGAUUAUGACGUAGAAGGAUCGGAUGAUUAGCAAAAUAGAGCGUCUAUUGUGCUUUUUGCUGAUAAUAGGACAUUGAUUGCUGGGAUAGAGAUAUCUUAUCCCUGUAUUUAGGGUUGAAAACAUGGAGGGAAGGGAAAAAGGUGAACGUUAGUUGUUCAUGAAUCUUGUUCACUUAGGUAAUUUGAUGAUCUAUCGUGACGUGGGUGAUUGUCGAACCUAUUCGAAUUGUCGAUGAA